UCAAGCAUUUGAAAAAUGUUGAAUGUGUAAAGAAAAAAUGCUGACCAUGUAUUAAAAAUGGUUAACCUUUUUUAUUUGAAAACUGUUAAUCAAGUAUUUAAAAUAUGUUCAAAAUGUAUAGGAAAAAUGUUGAAUGUUAAUUUUGUAUUUGAAAAAUGUUUAAAGUAUUUAUAGAAAAAUGUUGACCAUUUAUCACAAAAAUGUUUAAUUUAUAUUGGAAAAUGUUAGACGUGUCUUUGUAAAAGGUUGUUGGCAUGUACAAAAAAUGUAAAAUAAUAACCAAAAGAUCAAACAAAACCGAAAAAGGAAGUAAAAUAAACAAAAGAAACAUGAAAUUGAAUUAUUUUUUUUUUGCCAAAAUAAUGAAAACAAUGGAGAAUACAAAAUAAUUAAAAAAUGGCUCGAAUAGCCUCAAGUAGGAGGCGUCUCUACAACUUACCACGAUAAGUACCUAGGCGGAGUGGCUAGCAGCACCGUGAUCUGCCUGGACACCAGUGAUUGAUCCCUGCUUCCCCCAUUUGCUGGGUCCCCUGUAUUCUCGCUUAAUGCGAGAUAUUGACGCUGUGAAAUCUGAUCGGGUAUAGGGCACACAGCAGAUCGAUUCUUACGAGUCACACGACCCCCGGCCUCUUGCGAUUUGUGAACCCCUGGUGAGCUGCGUCAAAUAUGUGAUGCAAAUAAAGGUGCAACAAAACAAAUGUACUACUCCCUCCGUUCCAUAAUGUAAGACGUUUUUUGGUACUAUACCUUUAAAAAAAAGAUGAAAGUAACGUAUGACAGUGUGAGCAUCUUGCACCCUGCGUGUGUUCUGAAAGUGACUUGUGUCGACGAAAAGGAAAGCACCGGCACAUAUGCAUGAACACAAGGAAGAGGUCAAGAAUAAACGCACUACUACGUUGCUUCUGUUUUGCGUGGCAGAGGAACCGAUCCUUCCCUGUGGCGCCACUCAAAGCUAUCCAGCAGCUCCAUCGCUCUAUAUAAAGAAACACACCUGAUCGUCUAUCGUAGUAAUAUAUCGUUCACAGACGGGGAGACACCAGGACACCAAACUAAAGCGCCGCCAUGGCGGACGCGCUGAUCGGGCCGCUGGUGGGGAGGCUCCAGGAGCUGGCGCUGAGCCAGGCACGGGCGCUGGUGGCGGUGAACAAGGACAUCCGGAGGCUCCGCGACAAGCUCAUGUUCCUGCAGGCCUUCCUCCGCGAGGCCGACGCCAAGCGCCACCUCUUCUCCGACGAGAUCACCAGGGUGUGGCUGCAGCAGACGCGCGACGCCGUCUUCGACGCCGAGGACGCCGUCGAUCACUACUACCUCCAGGUCGACAUGUCAAGGCAAGAAGCGCUUCUACAUGCGUCCUCCUGUCGGUCUCGGGUCCACUCGUCAGGUUGA